AUGUCCGCCCUCUUAGCACAUACCAAGGCAACUGCGUCUCCGCUAGAGCGGGAGCUGCUGCAGCGCGUCCAACGAGGCCUGGACAGCCACUGGAAAGUGACGGAAAAGACGGCAGUAGGCUGCACGUUCGGUGAUGUGUAUAGCCUGUACGGCUGGCAUUGCAACGGCAUACUGGCAACUACAAGGGCGUGGGAUCAAGGCGGUCCCGACACCGUGGCGCUCCUCCAGCCCUUCCAGCUCCCACGACUGAAAGCCAUCUCUAUGCUCCGAUGCCUUAUCGACAAGGCCAGCGAAGGAAUUUUUACAAGCGAGCGCGCCGGCACUACCCCAGGCCGAAAUCGGUCGAGUCGGAGGGUGCACAGCAGCUAUGAUUCGCUGUGCAUUACUGCUUCGGUAACCUAUACGUUUAUUGAGCUUAUAGGCUGGGCGGCAGGUUUCUUAAUCAGUCCUGAGGAUUUUCACGUUAAGGGUACUUUAUGA